AUGCCCCCAGAAGCGUCUGCCCAAAAUACCAUCGCGAUUGAUCCAAACUUUCCUGCGCCCAAGAAUCCUCAAACACAGAGCAACAAUGCCUCGCCUCUACCAUCAUCGACAGCCGCGCCGGCUGCAGCUCCAGCUCCACAAAACACCCGGUCAAGCUGGAGAGCAGGAAGUGCCAUGUUUGAUAUUCAGAUGAACCCGUAUAGUGCUCCUGGGCGCGAAACGACCAGCACAUCUCAUGCUCCUCCAUGGGUUUCAGCACCCUUGCCAAGCUUGGGUCUAAAUACAUAUCAUGAUGGCCGCAUACGGAAUGCAGUUCCUAGCAAGCUUAAAGGCAAGACGAAUCGGAAGCAGGGCAACUUUGGUGUAAUGCAGAUGCAUGUUCAAAAGCCAGAGAUGACUGAGCGCGACCUUGCAGCCAAGCGUACAAGCGAAGGGACUGCUGCCGCUGCAAGACUUGCAGGCGCUCAGAGAUAUGUCCAGCCGAGGCGACCCCGGCCACAACCUGUGGUAACAUAUUCACCGCCGCAAAUUCAUCAUCCUAUUGCUGUUCCUGUACCUCAUGUUUCUGUUCCUGCUGCUCCUCCAACCCCUGUUGCUCGACCACCACAGGCUCGUUCGCAACCGGCCCCUAUACUUCCAGCUGCUCCAAGGCCAAUCCCGCAGCCUCCUCCUCUUGCUUCAGCAGAGCCGCAAGAUAAGUCAUUGAGUUCACGAACGGGGGCGGUAGAAGUUAUACAAUACACCAAUCUGGGACAAACAAACGACACAUUCACGGAUGCAGACGAUAUACAAGAAAUCAGUGCGGGACAUGCAGAUGCCCCGUUUACAGACUUGGAAGAUACGCAAGAUGUCGAAAUGGAACAGGCAGAUGAACCACCCAUGGCAGCUGAGCUUGUGGAAGAAAUCGACAUGCCACGAGAUGUCAAUGCAGAACAAACAGCCAGCUCCGCAAACAAACCCACGCAUAUGCUUCCAAUAGACGCCAAGGUGGAGCAGGCUCGGCUUCUCAAGCUAUUGCAGAGUAUCCCUCCAGUUUCCGUUGUGAACCAGCUUUGCAGAGCCAUAGUACACUUCGGGGGCACGCCCAGCGCUCCUCCACCUACUGAUGGAUACUUUCCGCAGAGUGUUUCGAGCAACGGAUCAGGCGAUCUAUUUAUUUCUUGGUUGUCAGAGGUUUUCCCCUCAACUCUUGCCUUGUCAGAGCCUGCGAUACCUGAAAGCAUAACACAACCCAAACCUCUAGCAAGACCACGAGGGCGGCCAAAGGGGAGCAAAAAUAGUAGCACGACCAGGGCGACGCUUACUGUGAGCACUACCUUUGUUCCUCUGACUAUCCCAUCCAACGGCGUUGAGACGGUUGUGAUGCAACCGCCGCCGGCUGAGAAUGAUAUGAGUGCGGCUCAAAAGCCCGCUGCGAAUAGUCAAAACUUAGAUGCGUCGCCGUUGCCUACUACAAACACCCCAAGUCAGACAUCUACAGUUCUACCAGCUACACUGAAACCGCUACUACCGUUACCAGCACAGCCAAUCCGACCAGUUGCGCCAUUAAUACCGAAAAUAAAACGCAUGAGGAGGUUGCAAAUCUUACCUGGACGCAAGCCCACAGGCAGACCGCGUGGCCGACCCAAGGGAUCAAAGAAUAAGUCAAGACCUCAUUCUGACGCACAGAAUGAGGAAACCGACCGGCCUGGUUCUCACCCCAAGGAUUCAAAUUACACAUCAAUAUCUCAGUCGGCGGCUCAGGCUGACGGAAUGGGCCAGUCAAGAACAGGCCCUUCUAAUACCCCUGGAGCCUUGAGCGAAACUCCGAGCCGGGGAACUAUCAGUGCAACUCACGAAGUUGCAUCUGGCCUUCCUCACAGUACAAAAGAUAUCAGAACACAAGCAGUUACUGGUAACGCCAUUGCCGUCAACAACCAGCCACAGGUACCGAAAUCCAAUCAACAAGGAGCAAGUCAAAUUUCCCCAGGGAAGAGAAAGGAGUCGCAGCAGACUGCCCAUUCAGGCACUCAAGCUCUGGAUACGACUCAGUUUUGCGGUGCAACUGCAACGCCAGUUGACAGCGACAGUCAGGCACAACAAGUGAAGCGUCGCCGUACGUCCCAGGAAACAGGACAAGGAUAUCUUACCACCGGCGCCACCGGGUUUUACUCUGCCGAUAUAGUUACGAAGGCAUUUCCAGAGGCUUUAGUAGCUAGGCAAUUGCCUUCUGCAUCGAGCAAUUUAGAUUCCCAGGUACAACGGCGCCUAAGUACCUCCGGGGGUGGUUCAGAACUCUGGCAGCAACCAGUCGCGUCUCAGUCUUACCAGCAUAAUAUCUCGCGUUCCAGCCAGAGUCAAACUCCGGAUAUGAGUCCUGAACAAGCAAGCCAAUCGCCACAUAUGCCCUCACCAGCGGUCAAUCUACCUCGCAAUCAGCUCCUAGGAGCCCCAGAUCACAUCUCCACAGACAUAACAGCAGUAGCCUUAUACCAACAGCAACAACAGCAACAAAGACAACAGCAACAUCGACUGCUUGCUAACCAUUUAAACCAAGCGGCCGAGCGACCGUUUGCGCGAACAACCCGGUCAAACUCCCCUAUGCAGUUUUAA